AUGGCUGAACCAACUCUGGACGGUCUUCCCACUGAGCUCAAGAUCCUCAUUUUAUUCCAAGUCGGGAAUGUGGAUACCCUCAAAUCGCUGGUGUUUGCAUCACCCGGAUACCACCAGGCAUAUCUUGUCGUGAGACACGAACUACUAGCAUGUCUUGUAAAAAGACAAUACGGUGGAUUUCUAGACAUGGCGGAGGCCCUCACUGCGAUACGAUCUAAAGACAUUUAUUUUGGCCUCCAGACGGGCAACGCAAUUUGCUUGCUGGACAGCUGGCGUCGCCGAGAUGAGAUUCGCAGUCACGCCUCACCAAAUCUAAUAGACGAGCCUAAUGGCCUCGAGGAGGUUAUACAGCUGCUCCAUUUCCAUAGAAUGUUGUGCUUUUUCCUCGAGGACUAUUCAAUCAACGCACCGAGGCCCCCAUGGAUUGAGCCUGCUCAAUGGGAAAGCGAAUUCUUGCCUUUAGAUCUGUCGCCGUGUGAGAAAGGACGUUUCCUCAGGGCAAUGUGCCGAUUCCAACUUGUGAAGAAUCUCUUCGGAGACCCAGUGUAUUGUGAAGACUAUGGGACCUGUGAUUCAUGCGCGAAGAGGAAUACCUGGCAAUUAGGGGAAAUAGGUGAAUUGAAGGGGACGGAAAGCAUUCGCCCUACUUGGCAGAUUCGCGAACAGGCAUAUCGGUUAUUCUACGGCACAAUACCCCCAUGGGAGCACGAAGAGAUGGGAGGCGUGUUCAACUAUCUUAUGGCCAAGAUCGAGACUAUUUACAAGGAGAUUGCACAUGAUCUACGACAGCUCAGCAAGAGUACACCAUGCGAGUUCUUUUGGGAUAUUCUUCCGAAAGAACAACGGCCGCCUUCAGUUUCUGAAAUCGAGAGUGAACGGGACCUUGUUCACUUCCCCCAGCAUUUCGAUGGAUUAGCGGGCCUAGGACCCGAAUUUGUCUAUCGCACUCUACGCAAGGAUCGGCUAUCCCGGCGGAAUAUCCUCUGCCUUAAUAUCAGGGGGUUCUGGGCCGGGCCAUUCGUUGGACUCAAGAUCGGGAUCUCUUGGGACGAGAAGUUCCCGUUCACCGACCCAGCGGAUCAGCAUGAGAUGCCAAAUUUCGAACAGUUCUGGUCUACUCUAUCGCCUCUUGAACGGCCAACUUUGGGUUGGAAGAAGGCAUGGCUGUUGCCUCAUAAUGAGCAUGACAUGCUGGAGGAUUGCAUGAAUUUCGAACGAAAGACUGAGACGGACUGGGAAUGGGGUUACGCUCUUUGGGAUGACAGAAGAUUGAUGGAGUGGAAAGCGCCAUUGCUAGAGAACGGCCAGGUUUGA